AUGUCCGGGCCUAAGGGAGCGUUGAGCUUGCUGCGGCCGCCUCGGAAUGUCCAGCAGAUCACUGAAGCAGCACAAGACUAUGAAUAUGACGCCUCGAUUCCUCUCCGCUACUGGCUGCGAUCGGCCCAGGCAAUGUUGAAAGAGGCAGAGAUAUACGUGCGUGAAGGUGACGAAGAGACGACAUAUCUCCUCCUCUUUCGACAUGCCCACCUCAUCCUGUCCCAGUUGCCCGCCCAUCCUCAAGCUCGAGACAAGGUGAAUAGACUGCUGCUGAAAGAGGCGGAGCAAGAAGUCAAUCAGAACUUCAGAGUGCUUGACCUGCUGAAGCCUCGCAUAAACGAGAGAUACGAUCGAUAUGUCAGGCUAAUGAAAGAGAGGGAGGCCAGACGGAUUGCCCAAACACAAAGUCAGCCCUCCGGUGAAUAUCCAGCGCAGCAGGCGGCACUGGACCAGAGAGCGGAGCCACUGAGAGCAUAUGAACACCAAGAUCUCGCGCUGCGACUAGCCCAGAAGGAAAUCUCCCGAAGAGCAGCCAACCGGCAAGCGGCCUCGACAUCAGUCACCGAGGGGGACGAUCUUUCCCGGAGGUUGCAGGAGAUUCGUGCCCGAGUCGAAGGAAGAACGCAACCGACUCCGUUGGAUCGAGAUGGUCGUCCUCAGCCAUCCGCGGCCAACAGCUUCACCUAUCAUUACCCCAGCAUUCCUUCACACCAUGAUCAAUCAGCGCUUGGCCCUCCAUUGCCGCAAGGGCCUCGCUCAGAUGUCCAGAGAGACAUUGCAACAUCACCUCCGGCAAUUCCGCCCAAACCUGGCAGCACUGCGACUCAACCCCCAGCUCGGCCGGAGAAAGUGUCACAGCCGUCUGCGUCGAGAUCGGCGACACCUGAGCCAGUUCACACCUUCGCUCCGGCUGCAUACCUGGAGAAUGGAACGCCGCUCCGGACGGUCUUCCUGCCUCCCACCUUGCGAACCACAUUCCUGAGAAUUGCGCACAAAAAUACGCUGGCCAAUCUGGAAACCUGCGGGUUCCUGGCAGGCACGCUGAUCGCGAAUGCCUUCUUCAUCAGUCGACUGAUCGUUCCAGCACAAACCUCCACUUCUGACACAUGUGAGAUGACAAAUGAAUCGCAGUUGUUCGACUACGUCGAUUCGGAGGACCUCAUGAUCCUCGGGUGGAUCCACACGCAUCCUACUCAGACGUGCUUUAUGAGCAGUAGGGACUUACACACCCAUGCCGGGUAUCAAAUGAUGUUGGCUGAAAGCAUUGCGAUUGUAUGCGCGCCUAGCAAAGGAGACACGCUACACGGUGGCGAUUGGGGAGUUUACCGGCUCACGGAUCCUCCGGGCAAGAAGGCCAUUCUGAGCUGUAAUCAACCAGGAAUAUUCCACCCUCACGAGGUUGAGAAUAUUUACACUGACGCGCUCCGACCGGGUCACGUCGUCGAGGCCAAGGGCAUGGAGUUUGAGGUGGUGGACCUGAGAGAACGGUGA